UAGACAUUUAAAGAAAUAGACACUUUACAGAAAUAGACAUUUAAAAACUCAGCUCGUUGAAUUUUAAUGAUUACGAUAACUUUUGUAACUAAUUUUGUAAAUUUAAUAAUCGUUGCACUUAAACAAUUCUAUGGUUAAUUGAAAAUGCCAGUGAAUUGCUGUGUUAAAAAGUGUAAAUCAAGACAAGUUAAAGGCAGUCCUAUAACUUUUCAUAAAUUUCCAACAGACCCAAUAAGAUGUUCACAAUGGGUUAAAAAUUUAGGAAGGGAAAAUUUUGUUCCCAGUAACUCUCCAAAAGUAUGCUCCAGGCAUUUUAAAGCUGAUUGCUUUGAUCAUGAAAAAUUUGGAAGAAGAUGGUUAAAGUCUACAGCAGCUCCUACCAUAUUUUACUCUGACACUGCUACCACUACUGAAGCCAAUUCUACAGAAGAUUCAAAUUCUGAAACUGAAUCAUCACUUGAUAAACAGAAGGGCAAAGAGCGUGGAUCGAAAAGAAGAAGAAUUAGCUAUUUGGGAGAUUUUAAAGAUAGUGUCACUUACUCUACUGAUGAAUUCCAUUUGGGAUUAAAGAUAGCAAAUAAACUUGUAGAACAGCAGAAUAAAAAGAUACGAUGCUUAAAAGGAAAAAACAGUCGAUUACGCAAAAGAGUUGAAAAUUUGGAUGCCACUUUAGAGGAAUAUAGGAAGAAGGUUUAUAUUCCUUCCGAUGUUCUUAAGGAAGCUUUGGCUAGAAAUAAGAAAAUGCUAAGAAAAGCCAAAACAAACUGCUCUGCAGCUAAGAUAAAUAUUUCAGGUGAAAUAACUGGUUCGCCAACUAAGACGAAUGAAGGCUGUGAUGAUUUACAUCUGAAUUCUCCAUGAUGAUGUGAAGUUUGCUUCAACUAAACAUUUAUUAGCUUAAAUGGCAUUUUAGUGAUAGUGAUUGUAUCCUUCAAAUUUUAUUACAUUUGUGAAAUUGUAUAUUCUUAUGUAGCAGCUAUAUUCUCUUUUUUUCGCUGCUAAUCUGUGUUUAUUAGUAAUGACUACUGUUGUACAGAAUAUAAAGAGAACACAGAGAAACAAAUGAAGUCUUUACUUUGAACAGUUGUAACAAAAUGAAAGUUUAUGCAAAUUACUAGCAACUCUUUUGAAAAUGCUUAUUUAUAUUCCAUUUUUGUUUCUCUAUAUAUCUAUGCCCUUUGAAAUGUUCAUUGAUAUUUAGCUAGCAAUUGUUUAUUGAUAUUCCUUUAAUUAUUUGCUCCUAGGGUUAAUGGGAUAUAUGAUAGCCUAUAUCAUGGGACCUGUUUUCUGAUUACAUUUACUGAACAACCUAGAAGCAUAGGCACUAAUUGAUUGAGUGUUGUUAUUGGCAUGAUUGCCAGAUCCCUAAAAUAUUAUAAUAUUUAAUAACACCUUUCUUGCCAAAAGUCAUAAUUUUUUUUUUAAUUUUCCCUGUUCCAAAAAUGUUAACAACUUAAUGUAAACUUGGUUGAAUUUUGAAAAAAAUCAACUUCAUUCACUUAAUGUACUAUUUUACUUAAAAUUAGAAUAAACGCACAUGCUGUUGAUAAUUCUGUAUAUUCAGGUAGAAAGUAUAUGUUGCAUCUAAGAUUUAUUUUUUAGGUGUAAUGUUCUUGUUUUUUUUCUCCACAUUAUGCUGCUGUUGAGUACAGGAUAAUAGCAAAGAUACCUUUUGAUAAUAGCAAAUAUUCUGCAGGUUAUGUAUUUCAAAAAAUAAUCAAACGACUCUUAGUAGUUAAGUGUUUAUUAUUCCUUUUAAUCAUAAAUAAUUUUAUUUUAUAAAUAAAAUUUUCAAGAAAGAAAUGUAAUUUUUUUGCCUACAUAAUAUAAAAACUGUUUGCAGUAAAUAUAAUAUUAGUUGAAACUCGGACAUAAAUAGUUCUGCUUCGAAAAUAAAUUGAAUUCUAUUGUUCUACAGUUUACAUCACUUUGAGGACUUUUUUGUUUUAGGGCUGUUGAGCUCCAUGAAUACUUCCCUCCAUAAAAUUUGAUGAUCAGCUGUUACUUAUGCAAUACAUUUAUGUAUGUCUAUAAUCAAAGCCUGAAUAAAAGGCACUAAUUAUAAUUUCAUUUUUUUUAGUUAGAAAAAAAUCUGAAAAAUUUCUAAAAUAAUGUGUGACAUUUCUUUUUGUCUGAUAAAGUAGGGUUCUAAUUUUUCAUUUGCUUUAAUUUGCUUUAUUAUAUAUUCAAUUUGCUUUAAUAAUAUUUUAUUUUAUAAUAGUAAGGUAUCAUCAAAGUGCUUUUUUUAGGAAUUUUUUAAAAUGUAAACAACGAGAACUCUUAUAAAAAUUUUAUUUAAAAUCCAAGUUGGACUAAUCAAUUGCUCUCGUUAUAAUGGUUCUAAACUUUUAGCACUUUUAGGCAUUAAAAGUUUCAAACUUGUAAUAUUUUUAACAGUUUUAUAAAUUAUGCCUAUAUUUUUAUGCAACCUGUCUUUACUGUUGAUUAAUUUUACAUUGAUGUUUGUGUUGCUUAUGAUCUAUUUUACAUUGAUAUUUUCAUUAAAAAUUUAUUUUGUUUUGAUGUUUUUAUUGUUGAUUUAUUUUACAUUUAUGUUUUAAUGAUGAUUAAUUUUAUGUUUAUGUUUCUAUUGAUGAUGAUUAAGUUUAUGUUGAUCUUUUUAUUGGUGAUUAAUUUUAUAAUCACUAUGCUUUUCCUAUGAAAUAUGUUAAAUGGAAAAGUUUCAGAAAACUAAAAGAAAGCAUAUUAGAUAUUUUUUUAAGGUCUGAUAUUUUCUUCUUUUCGUAGUUCAUUGGACUUUGAGUUGUACCUCUUCUUUUUUCUUUUUUUUUUUUAAUAUAAGAAGUCCUGUUAUCAUUCAUAACAAUUUUAACAUAACUUGUGUUUUUUUUAAACCAUAUAUGAAUAAAUAUUUGAAAAACAUCUUCAAAUUUCAAUUGUUAAUAAGAUAUUUCAUUUUUGCACUAUAUACUAAUCAUUUAUAUAUACUGCUAGCUCUUCUCAAAUAAAUACAAGUUAUUUCUACCACAAGUAAUUUAAUUAAGGAAGCUGUUCAAAUAUAUUUAUAUAGUGGAAGUAUGCAACAAUUUCAGUAAUAUGUUUGGAAAAAAUAAAUCUUACUGCAAAAAUAAUAACAUUUAAUUAACAUUAAGUAGUUAACAUUUAUUAAAUAACCUAUUUUGCUUUUAUAUUUAAAAAAAAUUUGUUUCUUAUCUUAAGUUUUGCUCAAAAUGUGACCGAUUUUAUUUUUUUAAAUCAUAAUCUAAAAUUUAGUUGUUCAUAUGAAGCAUAGUUAACUCUGAAUUAUGUAUGCUGUAAAUAAAUGUGGGUAGCAGCAGUUUCUAAACUUUUUUGCACUAAUAAUACCUAUUUUAAUUAAAGACUUUUUCCAUAGCUUGAGGGAAAGUAUCACUGAUAAAUAGCACAUAAAAGGAAAUGAUAUUCUUAUAUUUGAUAUUUAGUAAAUACAUUUAUUUAUUAUUUAAUAAAUAUCAGUACAAGGACAACACGGUUCUCCAGAAAGCUGCCACACACUCUCUAGGAGUUGUCGCUCUAGAGACAAGUUAACUUGCUCUGUAUUCUUUCUAAAUCAAUAUGAGGUAAUUGUAAAUGAAUAAAACUUGAUUAUAAAAUUCAACAAAUACUAAUGUUAACUCCUUCUAACAGCAGCCUUUUUGACAAUGGUGCCUACCCAUGUAUUCUAGGCAUUGCUAGUAAUAAGGUUUUAUGUUUUCCUCCGCAAAUUUCUUCUAGUCUUUUGAAAAUCUGACACAUUGAUCCUAUUUUCUAAGUAAUUUUUUUUCUUCAAAUUUUGUAAGAAUGUAUUCAAUAAUUAAUUUAUAUUUUCACUUUAUAUUUUAAGUCUGAAGUUUAACAAAAUAAAACAAUAUUUGAAAGUGCAUUGAAGGAAAUUUGCAUAUUUAAAUAAUUUGUACUUCUAAAUGGAUAAAACUUAGAAGUCUAAGAUAGAAUAUCUUGAAGUGAUCUGGAAAUUCAUAUUGUAGUGCAAUUUGUUAUCUGUAAAAAUCAUGCUAUUGUUUAAAUUGUGUGUUCAUAUUAUGUAAAUAAAAUUUUUUCAAAUGUU